ACACUCUCUGCAUUUUCCAUACGAAAUCAGUGCAAAAUGGCGCAUGUUGUAGUUAAAUUAAGCGUCUUCUUGUUCAUAAUUUUUGCUUUUGAUAGCGACAGAUGUUUUAGUGACGUAACAAAGUGUGAUUUAAUUAAGGAAGACUACAUCGAUAAAAGAAACAAACCAGUCUUGCUGAAAAACGUAAGUCCAGAACUUGGCCCAAAACUGGAUAACACGUUUGAUAUUGUGCUGUUUGAGAAACAUACAUAAGCAGAAAAUAACGACAGCGUGUACCAGAGUACACGGGGUUUAAAGGUAAAUCCUCUACUCAAAUGGGACCAUUUGAACUAACACGUUCUCGUCUCAUGAGGGAAUCGAAAGAAACCCUGAAAACUCUGACAGAGAGGAUCCGAGCAUUAAACAAGAAGUACAUAAUGCCGGAAAAACUGAUUGAGAUAUUCAAUGCAGACAAAUAUGCAGCCUCAUUGCGCUUGGAAGCAGAGAAGGUGUACACUAGCAGCUUGUUGCAAGUGAUAGAUGAGCAGAGAAAGGAAAUUGAUAGCCUGAAAAGUCUAAUUUUGUCACAAGGAAUGAACAUUUUGAACUUGGAGCAGCAGGUCAACAGUCAAGUUGAAGGCCAAAUCGACAAUGAGGUUGAAGGCCAGAUUCACGACCAUGUCGAAAGCCAGUUCAACAAUCAGGUUGAAGGCAAGAUUGGUGACAGUGUUGAUGGCCAGGUGGAUGCUACUGUCUCAGCUCUUGGCGUGACAGAAGCCACUACCACUGCCGAGGAAUCAGCUGCUGUCACUGCAUCGGCAGAAGACGCGGGUCUUGUCGAGGAGAUCGACUGUAGGGACAGAAAGACAAAACGUAACAGAAGAAGGAGGAUGAGAUACAAGAUGAGCUUGAAGAAGAAGGAAGCAGCACAGGUGGUGGAGGAGGAGGAGGACAUGUCUGCAGACUCAGGAACUACAAUAACUGAAGGGGCAGAACCAACAAGUACAAUUCCUUCCGAGGGAGCAGAUGCCAUCUCUGCAGAUGCACUGAACAUCGCAAUUGCUGUGGAUUCUUUGACGUGCACAGACAAAGUGGACCAGGGGAGUCCACAGAAUCCAGAAGGCAGGAGGAUAUAUGACCGAAAUUUCCUGUUGGAGCUGAGGUAUCACCCUCUGUCAAUGAAGAGACCAGACGACUUACUUGAUCUUAGUGCAGUAGUGAACGAUGGCAUAAAUCAGGUACAUGUGGUAGAGAGGAGAUUCUCUAAGACGAAUAGAACUCCCUCUGGCACGCCAUCUCGUAAUAUAUUUUAUCCUGACUUCAUGAAGGGACAUGAUUCCGAAGAGCAGCCCACACCUUGGAGAAACAGCCAACGAAUCGUCACUAAGUAUAAGAAUCCUGUUACUCAUAUAGAGCUUUCGCUGAAGGAAGAUGUACAACUGCAACAUGCAGAAAACGCAUGGAGGCCUAGACGAGUGAAGCCCUCUGCUACCAAUGAAGAGGAGGCAAAGACUCAGGACCUGUAUAAGAAGGUACGCAGUGUGCUCAACAAGCUCACGCCUGAGAAAUUUGACAGACUUGUUGCUCAGGUCCAGUCUCUGCCAAUUGACAGCAGUGAUCGCCUGGAGGGCAUCAUCAAGCUCAUAUUUGAAAAGGCCGUUGAUGAACCCACCUUCUCCGAGGAGUACGCAAGAAUGUGCAAAGUUCUGUACGGCACGCAAGUUCCUGCAGAGUGCGAGAACAAGGAUGAAUCGGAGAUUAACUUCAGGAAGCUGCUGCUAAACCAAUGCCAGAAUCAGUUUGAAAAGAAUUCUGAGGUGGAGCUGGAUCGAGAAGCAGCAGAGCCAGCAAAGAAGAAGGUACUACAAUGCAAUCUCGAAGAGGAACUGCGAAGGAUACGAAGGAAAUCAGUGGGAAAUAUUAGGUUUAUUGGCGAGCUUUUCAAAUUAGGGAUGCUGACAGCGAGCAUAAUGCAGCGAUGCAUUAAGCGGCUUCUUGUGGAAGGAGACGAGCAGUCGGAGUGUCUGUGCAAACUGCUCACGACAGUGGGGGAUGAUUUAGAGAGAAAAAACCAAGACCUGUCCGAGUGCUUCAGUAAAAUGAAGGAGCUUUCCCAGAAGAAGGGACUGCUAUCAAGUCGGAUCAGAUUCAUGCUGCAAGACCUCCGGAAGGACAACUGGGUCCCGAGAAGGACUGCAUCAACCCCCAAAACAAUGGCCCAGAUCCAGAUUGAACAAGAGGAGGGAGAUUAGAUUACCAGUUUGAAACAAAAUUUCCCUCCCAAAACCUCACACCUAAGAGAGGGCUGGCUUAUAAAACACUUUGAAUAUUGAUGCAGCCUC